AUGUUGGCAGCCUGCAUUUUGGCCGUUUCUGGCUGCUCGUUGCAGCAUGAGCCAAAGGCAGCGAAAGUUGUGGCUGCCCAGGGCCUAACUUUGGUAAGCUGCAACUGGCUAGCCUUAGGGGCGUUGCGCAUGUUUUUGUGCCGCCUCGCUGUUUUCGUGUUGAUUUCGCAGCUGGCUUACACUGGUGACGUUGCAGCGGCGUGUGGAACCUGGGUGGCACCGUUUGAAAAGGCGGAAGAGACAAGCGGUGCGGACUUGGUUUGCCAGGAUCUUUACACAGCCAAUUGGCAAAAGGCGGAGGAGGCGGAUUCGCAGUUUGUUACCGGCACUACAAAAUACCUCUACGAGUCCGUCAAAAGGUCACCAUGCCGAAGUUGCGAAGUCCAAAACAGUCAACAUUUAGACAAAUGUCGACAGUGCCGAGCGCAUUGGAGCGAAGUGUGGGAACCGCCCAAGCGCAAGGUGCGAAGUCGCAGCAAAUCUCAGAAGUACAACAAAGCAGAAGCAACCGGAGAACAAGAACAGCAGGCCACAUGGCAAGUGUUCCAGGAGAAAGUCCCCUGGGUACAGUCCACGCCUGCCAGAGCAACAUCGUACAGAACCGAUGUGACUUCGGAUGCCAAGGACAAAGACUUGCAGCUGCCGCCACAGCCAGUCUUACCACCUCCGCCCAUGCCUUCAAUGGAAAGGGAAGGAGGCGAUGCUUUGACUACGGAAGAGAUCAAGGUGCUAGAACACCUACGUGGGUUGAAGGGCAUGAAUAUUGCUUUGCCAGAGGAAAUGGCACAGCAGUUAGCCGAUUUGACCGUCAAGGAACAAAGAAUGGCCACGGCCAAAGCCCUCACACAUGGACACAUCAACAAGUUCCACAAGGUGAAAGGGCAAGUGGCUGGGGCAGCCAAACGCAUUCGAGAGCUCGAUGCAGAGUGGAAUGCUUUCAUGAAUCGUACAAUGGAGCGUGUCAAAGAACAUGGUCUCCUGUACCAGAAAUGUCGUGCCGACAUGAUGGAAACAUACAACCAGAAGCUGAAGGAGCUACAGACCUUGAAGGAGGAGGUCUCAAUUGCCUCCAGGAGUCUGGUGGAUCAACACACUGGGGAUUUCGACAUGGACGAGAUGCCAGGAGUUGCAGAUCAGAUGAUGAAACUGCAAAAUGCGCUGGCGGAAAAUGGGACAGUCGAUCUUACAGAGGAUCAAAUGGAAGACCAGUUGGAAGAAGAAGAACUGGUUGCAGCAAACAUGGAUCAGGGGGAGGAAGAGGCCAAGAAGGAUCUCCCUUCUGCGCUGAGACCAUUCAGAUCGGCAGCAUCUCCGCAGCAAGUGGCCAAGACACACUUGAAAGCAAAGCAAGAGAAACAUCAGAAAGACAAGGACAAAGAGGGCGGUGAAAUGAGUAUCACCAAUGUUCCGGAAACAAAUGAGGAGGAUGAAGCCUCAUUGCUUUCUCUUGGUGACAGUGCUUGUUUUGGAGCAACAAAUUUUGGAGAAGUUGCGAAAAGCCAGUUGCCCGUGGUGAGUGGCAAGGAAAUUUCAAAAAGUGAAGAUGACAUGGUGAGACAUUUUGGGAAGCCCUUUUUGCAUGUGGGAAGCAAGAAAGAGGGUAACACAGUUCUUCCCUUGGACAGCCAUCGGUCUUCGCACGAGAACCCUCUGAUAGACCCAGGCGGACAGUUCCAAGCAAGGGAUGUCCUUUCAUGUGGCAACAAUCGGACCAUCAGGCGCACAGAGGCUAACUUGGAUCUCUGUGGUCUUGUGGGUUCCAGCAUCGACUGUGAAGCUCGUCCUGUGGGUUCAGAGCAGACACAGGCUCACCCAGAUGAAGAUGCGAAUGAGGGUAGGCAUUUGCAACAAGUUUCUUGGAAGGAUGCAACAGAUUGGCUUCACUUUCCUUACACAUGGUGCCAGGGCUUGCACAAGGGUAUGAUGAGACGCACAGAGGGUAACUCGGAUCUCUGUGGUCGCACAAGCCGCGAUACCACCUUGUUAGAUGUGGAGUUUGAGUUUGAACCCGCUGGUGAAAUAGUAGGCUCCUCACUCUGCAAUGAAACAAGAAAGACUGAUCGCCACAACAGUGUUGAUGAAGCUUUGAAUCUCCCUCCUCCUUCUGCAGUAUCGUUUGGUAAUGAGUUUGAGCCUUCAAAUUUUUUGAAUGGAGCCUCAUUUGAUGGUGUUGACGAUAUUAAGCUGCGGAAGAGACUUGUGGAGCAAGUCGCUCAGAGAGUGGAGAGACAGACGCAAUUACGGUUUGAUGAAGUGUGUGAAGUUGUGUGUUUUGACCACCAUGAGUCUUGCAGUUUCAGGAUCAAUGAAUGUGAUCGAGAAGAUUGUUUGAGAAAUCUCUGGCAUUUGCAUGGCCAGAUUGCAUCGCUCAAAGAAUGUGAAGCGGCUUUAGACUCGUAUGUCAAGCAAACUCCUAGGCUUUGUCAGCAUGAUGAAGGUUCUGACACGAAGGGAGGCAUGUCAAUUGCUAGGCAUCAAGAGGAUGUGGUGCAAAUCGCAGCUUUUCACAAUAUGAACACUAAGGCCUCAAGUUUGUAUGAUUCAAGCAGAAGUCCAGUGUUCGUUGAUACUUGGUUUUUGGCAGCCCAGAGAAUCGACCUUUGUGUGAGACCAAGAGCAGUUAGGGUCGACCGUGAAACUGAUUUUGAAACUUUCAGAAGAGCAUGCAAGCAGACGUGGUUUGACCUUGAUGAUGGCGGACCUAUCCAACUCAUUUAUGUGCAGACUGAUCGAAGACGUUUGCCGAGUGUGAUCGGUGCUUGGAUUGUCAUUCAGGGAAUCAUGCCUGGUCAGGUUGCAGCCUUGUUUCACUGUGAGUCGAUGCCAGUGUUCACCAGAACCAGGGCUGCACUGUUUGAAAAUGGCAAGUCAGUGAGAAACAUCUUCGAGGUUUUGCAGCAUGAAGACGCAUGUAGGCGUGUUCAAACUGCCUGUUUUCUUCAAUUCUUUCAAGAAAAUGAGGCAAUCACUAGGACCGACUCGGAGGCUGUCUUUGCACAAAUUGGCACUUUUUUCAAGGGUGGCCUGCGCGUCAUUCAUGGGGAGGAGGAUCAAAAUGAAGUGAAUGUUGCAGCAGAUGACUCCUCGGCUAGUUCUGAGGCUACCACGGACCUGCCAGAAGAUGAAUGGACGGAUGACCCAGAGGAAUUUUCCUUGAUGUCUGGAGGACCCAUCAUGAUGCAGAUUGACCAGUUUAUACCGGAGGACUGGCAGAAUGAAGACCAGCACGGUGCACAUGCUUUGAUGGAAGAGGAACCGGCCAUUUCAAUCAUGAAUGACAGGUGGACGGUGGUGACUUUCGGGUUGGGGCUCGUGGAACUAGGCAGAAGAGAUGCUAGUUUUGAUCCCCUAGCGCCGAAUGAGCUCAUGCGUGUGGUGUUGGACUUAUGGGAUGACCAUGCCCAACAAGGCGACCUCAUUGCAUACAAUGUCAGCCCACAGCCGAUGGACAUAGCUGGAGAAAAGUCUAUAGUCCUUAUCGUUGAGAUUGACAUUGAAGGCACAGAUGAUGAGCGAUUGCAACCCGUUUUGGUGCAUGAAAGAGCGGUUUCAGAGGUGUCAGUCAGGAAUCAAUACUAUGCAUCAAGGCUGUAUGUUGAAUCCACAAUGACUGAAAUUUUCUCCCAGCUCGGGCUGCAACAGCAUUGCCCACCGUUGACAGCACGAGCAUGUGGAGUGAGGCUGGGGCAGGUCAGUUUGGAGGAUGGACAUCACUAUGAUUUCGAUCCGGGUAUGUUAUGCCUAGUUUGGAUUGGACCCAUUUGCAAGGAGGUGCAAAGAGCCAGCCAAAGGAUCAAUCAAGUGGAGGCCUUCUUCCUCCAGUGCAGGAGCUUGCAGAAUCUCCAGCCUGAAUGUGAAGAAAUUGUGCUUAUUGUUCAUGGGAUUUCGCCGGCCAAUAGGCCACUUGGUCAGCGUGAAAUUGCGCGCAGGGCUGAUCAGUUGAAGAAUCUUGAGUGGAUUGAUUUCAUGAUACAGCUUUGGCCUUUUGACGCCCAACAGGUGCAAAUUGGUUUUGUCUCGGAUAUGACGAAUGAUGUUCGAGAGAUGGAGCGACCAUGUUUCCACUUCGUCAUCAGUUAUGGUCAUGGGGAUGGACGUCCAGUCCUAAUCCAUCAGCAAAUCACUGUGGCUGAGAAGAUGCCAGGUCAGGAGGGUAUGGUGAAUGAAUAUUGGGCUGUUAACAUGCCGAAUCAAGUGGUUUCGCACUCUAUGCCAGGAAUUGCGUUAGAGUCCCCUUUCUGGUUCCGUGUGGCAAGACGGCAUCACAUCCAUCCGCAUGUUUUUGUAGGUGGACAGAAAGCAAGGGAGGUUCAAAGAGACUGGCAGGGAGGUGAUUUGGUGACAGCCCGAUUCGUGGUUUGGCAGCAACAUCAAGCCUUGACCUUGCUGUUAAGCAAUGAUGAAUGCGAGGACUAUGGAGAUGUGGAAAUGACAAGCUUGAUGCAGCAUCGAAUGAGAUUGAAAAGUGAAGGAAAGCCAAAACAGCAAGUAAAUCCUCAGAGUUUUGAAUGCUUGCACACUAAUGGGCUCCAGGACACCGGUUUCGUGGAAAUUUGCAGAGCUCUGCAUGAGAAACUUGAUGUGGAUGAUAAAAGAGUUCAUGGUGGUCAGGAAAUGAACCAGCAAAAUUUCCAAGAUGACAAAAUUUCCUGCGAUGUUCUGUCGAGCAAAGAGCAUUCACUGUCUUUUCAGCAGGGACGUGAUGGGGAUAACUUGGAUCCCAUCAGUUCCUAUCGCAAGCCAAAUGAACAUGAGGCCACCAGAGAUGCAAGGGCAGAGUUGCAUUUGCAGGAGGGGGAUGCUCUCUUGCGACCAUGCCAAGAGGAUAACUCGGAUCUCUCGGAUGGCUGGAGCAAACAACAAUGGCAGAAUCCAGUUCAAGAAAACAACGAUGUGAUGCUGGAGAGUUUGAAGUCGGAUUUGCAAGCCCUCUUCACAGAAGGAUGGAAGGGGCUGAAUCGUGAUUUUGCUCUUAUCCCCUAUAUGCAUCCAUAUGCAGCCAUUGCCAGCCAACAGGUGAAAUUGGAUGUUGAGUGCCACAAUGUCUUCCAUAUUUUCACGGAUGGAUCUUGCAAGCGUCACAAUGCGGCAUGGGCUUUUGUCGUUCUCUGUGAAUGCAGGUUGCCAACGCAUUCACGCUUUGUUCGCAUUGGUUAUGCUGCUGGGAUGAUUGAUGACUCAAUUGGACCAGUGCGUAUGACAGCAACCGAUGCUGAGGCGACUGCCAUUAUUGCUGGGGUGGAAUACCUCUUGGCAUGCCCCACAAUUCAACAUGCGGAGAUCUUCUUCCACUAUGACGCUUUAGCUGUGGGCCAUGGUGCAUGUGGAUUGCAAAAUGUUGUUCAGCAUGUGGAUCCCUUUUCCGAUAGACAGCAUGCUGCUCGCAUCAUGAUGUCCAUUUUGCAGCAGAGGGCAAGUGAAGUCACUGGUUUGCAUGUCAAAGCACAUCAAGGUCACCCAUGGAAUGAAUGCGCUGAAAGUAUAGCUCGAUUGGUCAGGCAAGGUUGGCAGCCUAUGGUCCAAACUGAGUUCCGAUCAGGACGGCUUUUGUCACAUCCAUUACGGGAAUGGGCAUGGAUUGAAGCAAAGCCGGACAGCCAGAUGCCUUCACUCGCCAUGGUGUUGAAAAAUAGCCAGGCGGAUCCCAAUGAGGGGUGGUAUGACCCGACACUAUCCCUUGAGGCCAACAAGUGGGAGCAAGGAAAAAAGGGUAGAGACAUGAAAGAAGACCAGCAUCAUGGAUGUAGGGUUCAUCGGCUGAGAUUUGCGACGGCAAAUGUUGAGACUAUGGAGUACAAUGGUGAUUCUGAUUGCGGCAGCAUCAAAGCAAAUGAAUUGCUGCGCCAAUGCCAAUUGGAACACAUUCACAUUUGUGCAAUUCAAGAAUCCAGAGCCCGGGUGUCACGCAUGGUCACGAAUGGCCCUUUUACUCGGCUUGUUGCCAAAGGCUGCAAUGGACAAGCUGGGGUGGAAUUGUGGUUGAAUGGCGAGGAAUUGGCCAGGAUUUUCCAUUGUGUUUUUCAGCCUGAAAAAGAUGUGUGCGUGUGGCAUUCAUCGGAACGCAUCCUUGCAGCACGAUGCCAAAUGGGUAAGUCAGCAUUGGAGAUUGUCGUUUUCUAUGCGCCUCAAAGAGGCCGCAGUGCGCAAGAGAAAGAACAGUGGUGGAAGCACUUCAAAUCUGUCCUGGAGAAAAGAGACAAACGAGCUCAUCUUUUCAUGCUUGGGGAUGGCAAUUGUAGUGUUGGUUCAUGUUCCGGUGAUGAAAAUGGACAUCAUGCUGCUGAUUUGGAAGACGAAGGAGGUGAACUUCUCCGUGAAAUCUGCAGGGAACAAAAACUCAUGAUUCCCUCCACUUUUGAGUGCUGGCAUGAAGGGCAGACAUACACAUUCACUAGUGCGCAUGGUGAUAGAUCCAGAAUCGACUACAUCUUGAUGCCACAAGAACUUGGUGCAAGUGUGGUGCGUUCUUUCAUACAUCAAGAUCUUGAUCUCAUGAAUGGUGACAGAGAUCAUUUUCCUCUUUGUCUGGAAUGCGACAUCAAGGUUGGCAAGAAAGAAGUGGUCAGACGUUUCAACAGGAGCCCAAUAUACCACCGAGCUGAGGCCAUGAAAAGGCAGCAAAAGGCUGCUAUGCAAGAUAUUUUGGUGAAAUGUCCAUCUGUGGACUGGUCUGUUGAUGUUAAUGACCACUGGAAUUGGGUGCGACACCACCUGCAGCAAAAGGUCAAAGACCUUUUUCCGUGCCAGAAGCGCCAGCAGCGUCAAUUGUAUUUCUCCAAAGAGGCUUGGAAUGUGCUUUGCUCCAGAAAGGAGAUCCGCAAGCAAUAUAGAGCCUUGCAACGUGAGAAAAGAAUUUUGAUUUUGAGUGCCAUUUGGAAGGCAUGGAAAGGAAACGUGCAGGACUCUCAAGCAGAGGAAACCUUUCGCAGGCCUUUGCAUUUUCUGAGAUGCCAAGAAGCUGUCACCUUAGAAGCGCGCAUCAGGGUGGACCAUGACUUCAAAUGCAUCAAAAGAAGAGAUUGGAGGCAGUGGAUAAAGCAACAACUUGUUGACAAAGUUGAAAAGGCAAGAGGAGUGCGUUCAGCGGAGUUGUUCAAGAUCUUGCGUCCCAAGCAAAUGAUUGUCAGAAGCACCGGCAAACUGAUCCGUCAGCUUCCCGGACUAUGUGGAGAGGAUGGACAAUGGAAAAACAACAGGGAUGCCAUCGCUUUGGAAUGGCAAACACAGUUUGGAACCAUUGAAAACGCUGAGGAGGUUACAGCAACAGAAUUGCUUCAACGUUCAGUUUCAAGACAUGAAGACUGCUGGCAAGCACUCGAUCUCCUUUCAGUUCCUUCCCUCUACCAAUUAGAAUCAGCAAUCAGAGCAUUGCAGGCAACCAAGGCCACGGGCCUUGAUGGCCUAGGAGCGGAAGUGCUUCAAGCUGAUCCAGUUGUAGCAGCCAAAAAGUUGUACCCGAUCUUGUUAAAAGCAGCGGUCAGAGGCCAAGGCGUCAUGGAGUUCGCAGGUGGAUGGUUGCUGCCAUUGUUCAAAGGACGGGGCAACCCGCAAAAUAUGGCUGGUUACAGAGCAAUACUUCUGGAAUCUGUUGUAUCAAGAGCCUUUUCGAAGGCAUGGAGACCACUGAUCACGGAAGGAUUGGCAAGAGUGGCGCGACCCAUGCAGUGGGGGGGCAGACAAGGACUUUCGAUUGAGGCACUACACCUACAUGUUCAUUUCUGGAAAAGGAAUGCGAAACAUCAGCGCAAGUCUCAUGCAGUUAUUUUCCUUGACAUCAAAGCAGCGUUUUACUCUGUGGUGAAACAGUUGGUAGCAGGCACAGCCUCCGGCAUGCAGAGCUUGGAAAAAGUGUUUGCAAAGAUGAAUUUACCAACUGACAUGAAAGAGGAGUUUCUGCAGCAGACGAUGGGUGUCAAUCUCAUCAAGGAGGCUACAGGAUCAGCUGUCAUGGCCAACAGUGCAGCGGCAAUGCUGGGCUUAGCAUGGUUUGUGAUACCAGAGUCCAAGUCGCUGCAAGCGCCCAUGACCGGCUCAAGGCCGGGAGACCCUAGCGCAGAUGUGCUAUUUUCGCUGGUCUUAUCCAAGGUGAUAGGUGUGAUUGAAGAAAGAGCACAGCAGAUUGGCAUUCAGCUUUCACGUGAAACGACAGCUGGUCAAGUCUCGAACAUGGUCACCUGGGUGGAUGACAUCGCUUUUUCGCUCACGGAGGAUGCUGAUCGUUUGGUGGGCAGAACCAUGGAUUUGUUGGGCAUAGUACAAGAUGCAAUGCUGGAGCAUGGUCUGUCCCUUUCUUACGGGGUUGGAAAAACAGCAGUGAUGAUCUCGUUUCAUGGAAAGGGAGCGACUGUUGCACGGCAGGAAGCAGAGCAGAAGCAUGGUCAAGGAUUGGCAUUGAUGAGUGAGCACAAAGGCAAAGUGAUCAUCCCGAUCGUGGGGCAUUACCGACAUCUUGGCGGCUUCAUCACAAGAUCGGGUUCGAGAAUCGCGGAGCUGAGGGUCAGAACUGUCGGUGCCCUAUCCAAACUCAAGCCGUUGCGACGGAUUCUUGUUCAUGAAGGUCUCCAAAAGGAGCAGAGAAGUCGGCUCAUCAAGAGUUUGGGCUUGUCAGUUUUCACGUUACACGCUGGCACACUUUUUGCUCUUACCCAAGGUGAAUAUCAAGUUUGGCAAGCGGGUAUUCACAAAAUCUACCAAUCCCUUCAUCAAAGAAAGGCAAAUGGUGAGGUGCGGCACUCCACUAUGUAUCAGCUAGCUGAUGCGAUGCAAUCACCUAUGCCUUUGGAACUGAUGUAUCUUUGCAGGCUGCGUUUGUUGGUGCAUCUUUUCAAGACAGGAGAUGCGUAUAUGAUUGCGGCGAUUGUGGAGAAUUUCGAGAUUGAGAAAGAGAACUCGUGGCUUCAAGGGGUCUUUCACAGUUUGAAAUGGUUGAAAAAUCAAGUUGGCGCAGAGCAGGUGCCAGAGGAGCUUUUUCAGCUGAUGGACCCGCAAGUUUGGAAUUGGUUUCAAGCAGGAGCUCAUGAACUCAAGGGUUUGAUCAAAAAGGCAGAGCAAUCUCACUUGUGCAAGGUCAAAUCAUUUUGCGAGUUGAAAACUCAUGCGGAGGUGCAAGAUCAAAUCUGCAGAGAAAUGGGAUGGACCUUGGAAGAGGAGAGUGAGAAAGGAGAGGAAUCCGGCACAGGUGCAGGCCUUCAUGAAUGCACUGAAUGUGGGGCGAUGUUUGACAAGGCCUCUUCAUUGGCCACCCAUGAGCAACGCAAGCAUAACAAACGAGUUGCUCUGAGGAGGGUGGCAUGUGAUGCAGCAUGUCGUGCAUGUGGUCGGUUUUACCACACGCGGCCUCGCAUGAUCAAGCAUUUGCAGAUGGCGAAGUCAGGGUGCUGGAUUUUUCAUUUACGGAAUUAUGUUCCCAUGUCUGAAGAGGCAGCAGCCGAGCUUGAUGAGCAUGACAGAAAGAGGGGAGUGGCUGCUCAUCAGAAGGGGCUUGUGGAGCACUCCUUAGAUCAAGGUUGGCGUUGGUGCACAGAUCAGGAGAAAAAACACAUUUUGCCUUUGAAGGAACACCCUCCUGUGCAAGAUGGUGCACCAACGGAGCAGGAGCUGGCGGAAUGGGCAGCUCUGGGUAUGUUACCUCCAGGGCAAGGAGGCAGACAAAUCACAUUGAGAAACGCAACUGAAUGGACGGUGCACAAUGUGGGACAAGAAGCAACCAAAUUUGAGCAUCAGCUCCUUGACAGAGCCACCAGAUGGAAUCCGAAUCCGGAUUGGAUCCCUAGAGGGCCGGCAGAUGGACAUCGUCGUUUCGAGGAUCUGGCUUCAUACAUUUGGUGGCAAUCAAAUUUAAUCCCGAUUUGUGUGGAUGUUGCCAUCCACCCAGAGUUUGGCAAUGUCCUGGAGAUUGGGUUGUGGCGUUCACUUAUUCAUGCCAGACGAGUCACAGGGGGGCACGCUGGCCCCCCAUGCGAGACAUACUCCUUGGCCAGAUGGUUGGAAAUUGAAGACAGCAUUUAUCCAAGACCUUUGCGGAGUUGUGAACAGCCUUGGGGAUUGGAUGGAAGAACGCUGAGAGAGACACGGCAGUGGAUGAUGGGAAACAUCUUGAUGUGGCGUGCUCUUUUUCUCCUUUUCACCAUCUACGCAUAUGGAGGCUCAUUCACCCUGGAACACCCAAAGGGCUGUGGAGGUAAGGACAACAAGUGGACCAUAUGGGACUCAUCCUUUAUCAAACAGCUCAUGUUGGCAGGGGACAUCAAGCUCUGGGCAAUACUUCAAGGCCCGUUGGGACAACCAUUCGCCAAACCAACCAAUCUUCUGGCAGCGAGGUUGGAAAGGUUGGGGGCGGCCAUCUAUGAAGGCUACAACAAGCGAUGGCGGCCGACGACAAAGCUUGGGGGCCGUGAAGGCUCCCAAUGGAAAACGGCCCGUGCAAAGGCAUAUCCACCAGCUUUGUGCCGCAUACUAGCGCAGCAGCACAUUGCCUUCGCUGAGCAGCAAAUUGGGGAGGGAACAACCCAGGAACCGGAAGGUUUGGAACAAGCAUUGGAUGCACUGGCGAAUUCCUAUGACCCUUAUUGGCUAGAAGCGAAGGGCACAAAAAUGUGCUCGGAUUACAAUUUUGGAAAGAUUUCAGAGGACUCAGUAGUCACCUAA